CGAGACAACGUCACUCACGCAUGUCCACGUCUCCUUUCUGCUCGUAUGCCGGCAGCAGAGAAUCUGAAGACAGUCUUGGGUAUCGUAUCGCCGUCUUGCGUCAGAAGCUGUCGAUCCGGCACCUCGAGCGGCUGCACGAUGUAUCCACGGGAUAGUCUCAGGUCACACAGCCCUCUCAGCCUUGUAUCUCGAUGUCGUGUCCUCCCGAGAUGCUUAACUUGCUGCUUCAAUGAGAUACCACGCCUUAUAGCACCGAUACUGAGCGAGCAAGUUGCAUCAAUCACGGCGACAUCGAAUAGCAAGUCUUGUAUGAGGCUGUAUGGGUAGUAGCAACAGCUCAUUCGCCAAGACUCUUCAGCCGAACGGGGCAGGAUACCUUGGAUAGAGAGUGAAGCAUCGUGAUCACUUGACGGGACAAGAUGCCUCGGGAUGCCCGAUGGCAUAAAUUCAAAUGGUAUGAUUCUUCUUACGAUGAGACGAACGAUGAACCAGUGGCAAUCGAACCCUCGCCGAAUGUUGCAGACGGCAUGUGUGCAAGCUGCGCCGCUCUUCAUCUGGGACAAGCCUACAAUGCAGGCGGCGUACGGACUGGCGCCCUUUAUGAGCGUCAGGAUCCGGACCACCCAGCGUUCGUCUCUAUGAGCGCAUUGUUGUCUUCAGGCCAUGGGUGCGCUUGUUGUGACUUCUUGUUUCAUGCCAUACGGAGGGCCUUGUAUAUUCGUUGGCCUGGCACAACGACCGAGUUCGAUUCCGAGGAAUUCAAGGAAUUUUGCGAAGCUCGCUUGGAGGGCAUCGAGUCGAGAGGCACUUCCCUCACAUUGUUUGCAAUCAAUCCCAAAUUGCAAGGGACCAUGAGAGGGCGUGGAACGGUGGAACUAUAUAUUGCUCCGGAAAGCUCUGAAGAAGAUCGAGAAACCAGAGGCAGCCUUCGCCCUUGCAACAAGGAUUUGGCAGCGGAUGGUGCAGCGCUGUUGCUCGCUCAGUGGCUUGAAGCAUGCAACAAUACGCACUGCGAGUGUCAACCUGCUGCAAGUACGAAACACAUACCUAAACGCCUUCUGUACGUCGGUACGGAGCAGCAACCGGCGCUGAGACUCUGCUGCACCAACGAAGUCGCUGAGCCAUACGUAGUGUUGAGCUAUUGCUGGGGCUUGGGGAAUGACAUUCGUACAACGUCGGAAAACGUGUCCAUACACACGGUACGCAUCGAGGAAGACAACCUACCCAAAACGUACAGCGACACAAUCGCACUAACGCGCAGGCUCGGUAUCCGGUGGCUGUGGAUAGACGCACUCUGCAUACUUCAAGACAGUUACAAGGAUUGGGACGAGCAAGCUGCCCAAAUGGACGCCGUCUACCGCAACGCUUACCUCUGCAUCUGUGCCAGCAGUGCAAGUGGAGUGUCAGAAGGCUAUAUUCGACCUCGCAAAGACCUGUCUGUCCGAUGUGGUUACACAAACGUGAUCGGAGCUCGCCGGCCAUUACGAAUAGCAGAGACCGAAGAUGACAUACCGACACGGAACGACUACCUCGACGAACCCUUACUGCAACGAGGGUGGGCGGUUCAGGAGCGCAUGCUCGCGCGCCGUGCAGUACUUUUCACCACCCGGCAGAUGCUACGGGAAUGCGCAAACGUCUGUGUGCCGAGUUUGGCUACGCCACUAAAGCAGAUGACGCAGAGUGGCAACGGCACGUGGCCUUUUGACGUAGCGGAGAAGAAGUGUCCCAGAUUGGCGCAUUGGAAUCAUGGCAUGAAGCAGUGCAGGACUACUCGCGAUGCCUGCUCACGCGGCCUGCCGACCGCCUCCCCGCUAUCUCUGGCUUGGCUCAGCAGUAUGCUUGUAAGUUCGGUGAUCGCUACAUUGCAGGUCAUUGGGUAAGCAGAAUCGAGUCUGAGAUCUACUGUGCACCGGUUGAAUACAUGACUAACGCACCCACCCACCGAGCUCUAGGAAACGUCACUGAUCCCAGGGUUGAUGUGGUACAAAGAUUCAAGUAGAUGUGUCCCGUUAAACGAAGAUGGUAAAGAUUACCGUGCCCCGACAUGGUCAUGGGCGUCAGCGGAGAGUGGUAUUCACUUCGUAGGGUUGUCGUGCUAUAACGCCAUACCAAUAGCGCAAGUCAUCAGCGCGAAAGUCAUUCACAAAACAGGAC